GCGAAUUUUUUAUGGCUCGGGCGAAUUAGUUAGAUCGAAAAGUAAUGAAAAUUAAAAAAUGUUUAAAUGUUUAAAACAAACAAAAACUCGUAGCUAAAACUGUUUGCGUUAUUCGAAGUGCUGCAUCUUCUUUCGUUCCACACACACAAAAACACAUCCACCCAGAAUGGGGGAAUUCUUCAAAUCGCUCAACUUUAACUAUUUCAAUCCGACAAACAGCAGCAAUGCUAGCGAUGCAAGUGCCAGCGUCACUGAGGCAGCUGGAGGAGUCAACUUGGACAAUGAAUAUGUUGGCCAGGUGGUUGAUGUUGCUGGCCACAGGUUGCGCAUCAAGAGUGUGAUAGCUGAAGGCGGUUAUGCUUUUGUAUAUGUCGCCCAAGAUCUGCAAAAUGGAACGGAAUACGCCCUCAAGCGACUGAUUGGAGCCGAUCAACAGGCCUGUCAAGCCAUCUCCAAUGAGAUUAAUAUACAUAAACAGCUAUCGGGUCAUGGCAACAUUGUUGGCUUUGUUGGUUCCAGUUGCAUAGCGCAAGGACACCAUCAGGGAUCUCAGUUUUUGCUACUAACCGAACUGUGCAAAGGUGGUUCCCUGGUGGACUGCUUUAGGAAUUCAACUGCACCGCUUGAUCCACCUGUUGUCUUGAGGAUUUUCUAUCAAAUGGCAAGAGCUGUAGCCUAUAUGCAUAGUCAGGUGCCAGCCAUAUCCCAUCGGGAUAUUAAGAUUGAGAAUUUCCUCAUUGGCAAUGAUAAACAAAUCAAACUCUGCGACUUUGGUUCGGCCACAAAAGAUGUGCUGGCUCCCACCUUUGAGUGGAAUGCCCAGCAGCGUAAUAUGCUGGAGGAUAAGUUGAAUACUGUGACUACUCCCAUGUAUCGUGCACCUGAAAUGCUGGACACCUGGUCAAAUAAUGCCAUCGGUCCGAAGGCGGAUAUAUGGGCUUUGGGUUGCAUUUUAUAUUUUCUGUGCUACCAGAGGCAUCCAUACGAAGAUGGUGGCAAGCUGCGUAUUAUCAAUGCCAACUAUGUGUUGCCCCCAGAGCCGCGGGGAGCUGCCUGCUUUCGCGAUAUAAUAAAAGGUUGCUUCAAGGUGAAUCCCGUUGAGCGCUUGGAUAUUGCAAUGCUACUGGAGCGUCUGGCUUCCAUUGCUGAGACACAGAAUUGGUCACUUAAAGGUCCAGUGGAUCUGCGCGGAGUUCCAAUUGAGACAUCACCGGCAGAAAGUCCAUCUAGGAGGAGCCCACCUAGACAAUCGGAGUUUUACGUCAAUAAUGCCAAUUCUCAGGCUAUGCCGCAUCCACCACAACAGCAGCCACAGCCAGCUCCAAGCCAUGGCAAUGGCAACGGACAAGGAGGUAGCUUAUUGUCCUCGCUACGCGGAGGUGCUGGAACUCUCUUCAAAAACCUCAAGGAUACAUCUUCAAAGGUUAUGCAGACUAUGCAACAGACGAUUGCGCGCAAUGAUCUGGAUAUUAGCCACAUCACCUCACGUAUUUUGGUUAUGCCGUGUCCUUCGGAUGGCUUUGAGUCAACCUACAAGACCAACAACAUUGAAGAUGUUCGACUGUCCUUGGAGAGUCGGUUUGCCCCGCAGAAGAUAAGCAUUUACAAUUUUGGAGCUCGCACUGUACCUCGCCUGCCGCCGCCUGUGCGCACUGUAGAAGCGGGAUCCGUGUACGGUUGUCCACAGGCGCAUGCACCCAAUCUCCAGGGUCUCUUCACUGUAUCGGCCGAUAUGUAUAACUUCCUCAAUGCUGAUCCAAAAACGAUUGUAAUCGUACAAACGGGCGAUUCGGGUGGAUGCACUGCAGCCACUGUUAUCUGUGCCCUGCUUAUGUAUGCCGAUCUGCUGCAAGAGCCAGAGGAUGCGGUUCAGGUAUUUGCCGUCAAAAGGCACACAAUUAAUCUGCGACCAUCCGAGUUUCGUUACCUCUAUUACUUUGGUGACAUUUUGCGGCCAACUCCAUUGCUGCCUCACUAUAAGAACACCAAUCUGGUGUCGCUCAGCUGCCAGCCUGUGCCACGCAUGACCAAAGCGCGCGAUGGCUGCCGCAUUUAUAUGGAAGUCUAUUGCAAUGAGAAGCUGAUGCUAAGCACGUUGCAAGAUUACGAAAAGAUGCGGUUGCAUCUGGCUGGCCCUGGAAAAAUUGUGCUUCCUAUUAAUCUAACAGUUUGCGGUGAUCUGACUAUAGUAUUAUACCAUGCACGGAAUGCUCUUAAAGGCAUGGUGCGGCCACAGGGUCUUAAGAUUUGUCAAUUCCAAAUUAAUACCGGCUUUAUACCUGAACCUGAAACGCUCAUCACUUUUAAUAGCCACGAUCUAGACGAUUUGCCCGAUCCAGAGCAAGUGCCCCCCAAUUUCUGUGUAUCUUUGUCGCUAAGUGUAACAGAUACGGAAAGCCCACCAAGUCAUAAGCCGCCAUGGAUUCCGGCCAAGGGCAAACGAGACGCCAACAAUUUAUUCAGCUCCGACUUGGAGUAUGCCGAAAUGUUGGAUAACUUUGUUACCAAACCCAGUUCUCGUUCGUCGCCGUCACCGCCGCCAUCGAUAACAAAGCAACCACAGCGAUCUGGCUCACCGCUGGUCCUUCCCGAUGUCACUGAAAUUGCUCACGAGACUCCGGCUGCUAUGCCGGAGCCGUCGCCACCCAUUGAUUUGCUUAAUCUAAAUCAACAGCCAAGUGAUGCUCCAGUUUCUAACCCCUUGGCAAGUGCACUACCGAGCACAGAUGCCAGUUUCGAUCUAUUGGGCGCGUUCGGAGAUGAUGACUCUUCUGGCAUUGCUUCGGCACCAAUUCCGGAUAUACUGCCGCCACCGCCACAACCGAAAAUCAAUUCGGAUCUCUUCGAUAUUUUCAGUGGAUCGACUAUGGAUCAGGGCAAUGCGCCCAGUCUUAAGCCAUCAACCGCAACGGGAGUUCCGCCUUUUGUGGGCUCGGUUCCGACUUUUGUUACCCAACCAGCUGCACCUCCCAGCAAAGAGCCUUCGCCAACACAAACCAAAAAGCCUUCUUCAGACCCGUUUGCUGACAUUGCCAAUCUGGCUUCGGGUCUGAACAUAAACUUUAAUCGGAGUACGCUAAGCGGAAAAUCACCAGUGGGCAACAGCCCACAGCCAACGCAGCACUCCAGCCCCACACACAGGCCUACACCAACUCAACCUCAACCACAAGUUCAGACACAGCCGCAGCCCACGCCCACAUUUGCAAGGACGCCACCACAGCAGCCGCAUCAGCCACAAACCGCUCAGUCUCGUCCGGAUUAUAGUCGCACCCAUUUCGAUACACCGAAGUCCAACCAACAGACACCUGGUGGAGGACCUAAAGGUUCGGACAUCUUUGGAGAUAUUCUGGGUCAGCAAGGCUAUUCAUUUGGCAGUAAAAUGAGUCAAGGUCCUCGCUCCAUUAACGAAAUGCGCAAAGAGGAGUUAGUUAAAGACAUGGAUCCCAAGAAAGUGCGCAUUAUGGAAUGGACCGAUGGCAAGAAGAACAAUAUACGGGCUCUUCUCUGCUCCAUGCACAUGGUUUUGUGGGAGAAUGCCAAAUGGCAACGAUGUGAAAUGUCCACGAUGGUGACGCCCGCCGAGGUGAAGAAGGCCUAUCGUCGUGCCUGCUUAGCCGUGCAUCCGGACAAGCAUAAUGGCACCGAACAUGAGGAAAUCGCCAAGCUAAUCUUUAUGGAACUAAAUAAUGCUUGGACGGACUUUGAAAAUGAUGCAACGCAACAAAACAUGUUCAAUGCGUAAAACGCGUCCUAUAGCUAUAUUUAUAUACAUUAAUCAAUUAUUAUAUGUAGUCGUAAAGCAUAUAUAUAGAUAUAUAUAUAUAUCCUUCAUAUAGCCGAGUUUAGUAUAAUGCUAGCAAUUCAUAAGUGUCUAAGCUUUAUAAGUAUAAAGUACGACAAGUACGAAGAGUAUUUCUGCAUAUGAUGAGAGAUUAUGCACUCAAAUUAGCCACAAAAUGUUGUAAUCCAAAUUUUCAAAUUCUAAAAUAAUUAUGGACAGUUUACUUAAUUAUAUUCUAUUAUAAAAAAACAAAAAAUCAAAACCCUACAACAACAACAACAACAACGAAGUUCACACAUUCCCCCCCUUAAAGCGGUUGAGGCAAAAACAUAAGCUAUACAAAAUUCGGUACAGUGAUUAUUAAAUAGCUUUCAAUUAUGACUUUUGCAUAAUUGCCCAGUUUAAAAUAAAUAAUAUUGGUGUCUCGAACUACUCUAAGUAAUUGAAAUGUUUUUAGACUACAAUAGUUAAUUUACAAGUAUAAAAGCAAUCAAAGAAAUGACCAAGAUUAAUAUGCAAUUAAUUACAAUCGGAAUUCAACCAAUAUCUAGAGUACAAACCUAUAAAGUAGAAGCCUAUGUUUUUCCUUAACACAAUUCGUUUCUCAAUUUAUAAGCAUUUCGUUUCUACCCCGCUCCCCUCUACACGUAUAUGUAUAGCCAAUAUGUGAUUAUGUCCAAUGCCUAAAAAGAAACAUAUAUAUAUAUAUAUAAAUGAAAUAUCGUGGAAUAUAAAAUUACAUAGAAAAUGUAUAUUAAUGUUUGCAUAAUGAAAAGAGAUAAACUAUGUUGGGCCGAUGGCAAAAGUAAAUAUAUAUAUAUGUAUAUAUAAGUAUGAAAAGUGUGUUUUAGGCAUUUGUCCUCUUUAUAUGAUAUAAAUUCUUUAAACAUUUCAAAAUGAAAUGAAACUGUUAA